GCAUGAAUCUAACUUAUGAGAACUUCUUAAUAGAUUAGAAGGACCUGCGGAGGUCCAAAAUUUCUUCCUGGGAGUUAGAUGAAAUUUUAGAAGAUAUUAGUUAUGAAAAUGACAAGAAACUAAGUCAGUCGAAACUAUCAGUUUUACAAGGAGAUAUUCGUUCAUAUAAAGAUGGUUUAAAAGCAACCCUUACAGACUUUAUUGAUCUUCCAGAUCAAGAAAUUGUUCCAACUGAAUUAAAUUUUUUUCGAGGACUUGCUCUCAAUAAGUUUUUAAUUAUUAAAGAAGACAAUUCCUCGUGGGAUUGCAAUGCAUUUGCCGUUGCAAUGAUAAGACUUGCCCAAGUCACUGCCGGCGCAGUCUUAAUCUCAUUCGGUGCUGUUAAUAUAGGAGGUGCUCUAGUUGCCGAAGGCAUUUCUAAUAUGGUAUAUGCAACCAUGGUAGGACCAUCAGGCAAUUUUAGUUGGCUUUAG